AUGCUCCCGAUGAUGAUCGCCGCAAACGCGUUCAGGGACUACUGCACCAUCGAAGAUCUUCUUGCCAUAGGACCUAGCACGGACGGCCAAGGCAGCUAUUUCGGCUUUGAUGUGCGCACCAUCGUCAACGACCGUUUCCGUAGCUAUACCCUUACGUGCAACCCGCAGCUUCUGCAGUCUCUCUCGGCGGAGAAGCGAUGCGAUGCCGCUUUCGACUCCGUCGAGCACCUCAAGUUUCAUCUCCUUGACAUGCAUUGCCCAGACUUUGUCAAGGAACCGAAUGUACUGGAGAUAUUAAAGCAGGAGGAUGACGUGAAAUCGACAUCCCUAAGGAGGAGACGAAAGCAGGCCGUUGAGAUAUCGGCCGCAGAAAAGGGGGUCAAGGCAGAAUUCCAAUUUAACUAGGCUGGUCCGUACGGCGUAUCAUCUCAGCAGUUGCCAUGGAACAUUCCUUAGUCAGCCAGCACCUCUCCAUGAGAGGUCGGCACUGCGAUAUCGUCGGCACAACACCCGUUCUCGAGUCUGCCGCCUCACCACAUGAGUGCGCAUACGAACACUAUCAUCGACGCCGCCAGCCUCGACAUUUGCAGCUCCAUUCAUUAGACGGCAUAGCCAGCUACAGUCGCUACCUGUACUGCCAUCUUGAAAGACCUCCCUAGCAGCCUUUCCUAUCCGCAUCCGACGAAGUGCUCUAGACGGUA